UUCAAUUUGCCGUUUCCCCAUUUCUCACCUGCUCUGCUUUUCUCUUCUUUUCAGAGAGAAAGGGCAAAAAAAAAAAAAAAAAAAAAGUCGAAACAAAGCCGGCACAGGACAGGAGUAAAGGAGCUGUUUUUAUCCAUUCUGUCAUACACAAAAAGCUAAUUAAUUAACGAUUUCUAUUUUCUAUUUAUUUUUAAUAAAGUCCUUAAAUUCUCCAACGUUCCAACUCAAAAUUCUUCUAUUUUUUCCGUGGCUUUAAGAUAAAUUGUUCCAAGUUUCGAUUCGAUUCCAUUUCCAUCAUCAUCCUUUCCUCUCCGGUGAAACAACUGAGUUUUUUCUUCUUUGGUUUUUAUGGCAGUUUCAGAAUCAGAUCCCAUACCCAUACCAAUCCCCGUUGAUCUGUUUGUGUCAAAGAAACAUCCUGCGUACAAACACGGCGUCUUGUGCUUCGUGGAUUCCUUUAAUAACAUCAUUUACAAGAUCAACCGUCGUUCCUCUCUUCAAUCAUCAUCAUCAUCCAACAAGCGAGUUUUGUUUGACGCAGCUGGGAAUCCUCUCCUUUCUAUACACCAUAACCAUAAGGGAUCUUGGAGCUGCUUUAAGGGGAAUGGUGAGAAUGAGGAGUUGAUAUUCAGAGUGCGGAGAGCGAAGAAUACACUCACUAGAAUGGAGUUAGAGGUGUUUUUCGUUGCUGAAAAUUUGGAAGAGUCAGCUCCUAAUCUCCAGGUGAAAGGUUCUCCUUGUCAGAGAAACUGCACCGUCUAUAGAGGCAAUGACAUUGUGGCCCAGACUAGCCUCAUGUACAAACUGAACCAGAUUUUUGUUAAGAGGGGUAAAUUCCGAUUGACUGUAUUUCCUGGAUCUACUGAUCAUGCAUUGAUUGUGGCUUUGAUUGUAAUAUUCUUUCAUGGAUGAAGAUUAUAGAAGAUUUGUACAAUUACAAAUUCUUUAAAAAAGAAAGAGCAAACCUUUCAAAAAUAUAAAAAAUAUAAAAAAUUAAAAAG